AUGGACAUCCAUUCGAUGCUGCGCAAGGCCAAGCACGGCCUGGAAGAACUCCUGCCCGGCGACGAGAAGCACUCGCACACCCACGACGGCGACAUUGACGAUGCGCACGCCGAACAAAGCGGCAACCGCUACAGCUCGUUUGCCCCUCAGAGUUCAGGACAUGCCAAGUGGUAUGUCGACGGCGCCUCCUAUUUCUGGGCCGUCUCCAUGGCUCUGGAAGAGGCGCGGGAGUACAUCUACAUACUCGAUUGGUGGCUGAGUCCAGAGCUGUACCUGCGUCGCCCGCCUGCCCGCAAUGAGCGCUAUCGUCUGGACAACAUGCUCAAAGCCGCAGCUGAGCGCGGUGUUCAAAUCUUUGUCAUUGUGUACAAGGAAGUUCCUCAAGCGUUGACAUGUAAGUGGGCCUCGCAGCACACCAAGCAUGCUCUGGAAGCCCUCCAUCCCAACAUCAAGGUCUUCAGGUAUCCCGAUCACCAUCACAGCGGCAACGAUAUUGUCAACGGCCUCCAGGAGCUGCACUCCAACCUGCAGAACUUCAGCCUGAAGACAUUCAACCUUGCUAAAGCAUCGCAGGAGGCUGUUGAAGCUCUUUACGGUGUUGCCGAUGACAUUACCUUGUACUUCUCUCAUCACGAGAAGCUCUGUCUCAUCGACGGCAAGGUGGCCUUCAUGGGCGGUCUUGAUUUGUGCCACCCCAUCGCGGACGCCCAUCCCGGCAACGUCGAGGAACUAGUGUAUCCUGGCCAAGACUACAACAAUGCGCGGAUCUACGACUUUGAAGACGUCGAUAAGUGGGAAAACAAUAAGCUCGACCGGACAAAGAGUUCGCGCAUGGGCUGGUCGGACAUCAGCAUCAGCCUCUCGGGACCGAUCGUCGAUAGCCUGGCCAUGCAUUUUACCCAGCGAUGGAACUUCAUCUUUAACAAGAAAUACAGCACGCGUGAUAUUGGCAAGUAUUGGUUACUCGAGGCACCCCACACCCACCACGGCGCUGCAAGCCACUACGGAGGCGAUUUUGAGAGUCACUUCGAUGACCUGCAGCAGCGAUUCACGCGGCACGUGCGUCGCUUCGUCGGGACGGAUGAGGAAACACAUCACGCGUCCCAAGUUAAGAGCGAGAGUGCGCACAUUCAGUUGACCAGAAGCUGCUCCAAAUGGUCGCUGGGCGUCGACACUGAGCAUUCCAUCGCCAAUGCCUACAUUGAAGCCAUCAAGAAUGCCAAACACUUUGUCUACAUUGAGAACCAGUUCUUCAUCACUGCCACAUCGGACGAGCAGAAGCCCGUGUGCAAUAAGAUUGGCCGGGCCAUCGUUGACCGUAUCCUUCGUGCCCAUCAAAACGGGGAGGACUUCCAUAUCAUCAUUGUGAUUCCCGCAGUUCCUGCUUUCGCCGGAGAUCUCAAGUCGGACGGUGCCCUCGGUACCAGGGCCAUCAUGGAGUUCCAGUACUUCUCGAUCAACCGGGGUGGCAGCAGCAUUCUCGAGACACUGCGGAACUCUGGCGUCCAGGACCCCCACAGGUACAUCAACUUCUAUAACUUGCGCAACUACGACCGCAUCAACUCCAGCGCCAUCAUGGGCCGUGCCGAGCGUGAGAGCGGUGUCCGUUACGAGGAGGCGCGGCGGGAGUAUGACGAACACAGCCGGGACGACUACGGUCAGGGCAGCCAUGGCGACAGCCGAUAUCGCCGAUACCAGGAAGCCGCGCGCCACAUGUCAGACGAGACUUGGGAUUCCGUCGCUGCCUGCUACAUGCACAACGGCCCCGAUCUGCGUAGCGUCCCCUGGACCGGGUCUCCGGAAGACGAGUUCAACGCGUUCGUGUCGGAGGAGCUUUACGUCCACAGCAAGGUCCUCAUCGCCGACGACCAGCUCGUCAUCUGCGGCUCAGCCAACCUCAACGAUCGCUCCCAGCUCGGCAACCACGACAGCGAGAUCGCCGUCGUCAUCGAGGACCCCACCCCGGUGUCCAGCACCAUGGGCGGGCGUCCCUACACGGCUUCGGCCUUCGCGGCCUCCCUUCGCCGCCAGCUCUUCCGCAAGCACCUCGGCCUCCUGCCCCACCAGCGCCCGGAUGCUGCCGACCGCAAUUGGACGCCCGUCACGCACCACGCGGUCAAUGACUACGACUGGGGCUCCGCCGCGGACAAGCUGGUGCAAGACCCGCUGAGCUGGGAAUUCCGCGACCUCUGGCGCACCACGGCGCGCCGCAACACCGAGAUCUUCAGCCGCGCGUUCCACCCCGUGCCCGACGACAAGAUGCGUACGUGGGACGACUACAACGACUUCUUCUCCCGGUACUUUGUCAUCCCCGGCGAGUCGGCCGACAAGGCCGAGGAGGGGUACCGGCAGGGCAAGGUCGACUACGGGCACGCGGUCAGGGAGGAGUUCCCCGGCGGCGUGGAGGAGCUGAAGGAGUGGCUUGCCGGGGUCAGGGGCACGCUGGUGGAGAUGCCGCUGCAGUUCCUGAUCGAUGUGGACGACCUCGCCGAGGACGGGCUAAUGCUGAACACGCUGACCGACGAGCUCUAUACGUAAGGUAGGCUGCUUCUCUGGCCAAGUGCCACCGUGUUCGCUCCCGUGUCCUCCUGUAGGGGUUGGGGGUUCACGGGACGGUCUUGACCGCACCGAUUCAGUAAGAACCUCUGCUUUCAUUAUCAUGACACACAACAUAUAGUGGAAUUAGAUUGCGCAAUGGAUCGUACGUCCUGGUCUCGCGAGGCGCACGGUCCUGCGUGCUACAUACCGGCAUCAGAUAGGUACACCUAUAUAGAGCAUAAAAAUCAAGCCAUAGCUUUCUCC